GACAUACCGAAGAACGCCAUGAGCAGCUGCAGAGCGCUCUCCUCGCUCGCCCGUUCAGCUCCAAGGGCACUUCGCAAAACACAUCCGCGAACACGAGCUAUACAAUCCCGCUGCAUCACCCAAGACUCCAGACGUCCCGCACAAGCAUUCGCAGCAAAGCCUCUCCAGGACGAUCACCCAGCCGGUCCUUCGAUCUCCAAUCCCCAACUAUCUUUCCCAUGUCUCGACAACGCAGAAGAUCGAACACGCAAACUUGUUAGCAAACGAUCGCUGUCCGGACCUGAACCUUCCUACACCAGCGGAAAGACCGAAACAUUUCACUCCGAUGAGCCUAUACUUCUCGACUGGGGAGGCAUUCUCCCUUCGUUCGACAUAGCUUGGGAAGCAUGGGGAACUUUGAACGCGGAAAAGAGCAAUGCGAUCCUUCUACACACUGGGCUAUCGGCAAGUAGCCAUGCCCACAGCACGGCUGCUGAACCCAAACCAGGCUGGUGGGAGAAGUUCAUUGGGCCUGGCUGUCCGCUCGAUACGGACAAAUACUUUGUCAUUUGCACGAAUGUUCUCGGAGGAUGCUACGGCUCAACAGGACCCUCUAGCAUCGAUCCUGUCAGCGGGCAACAUUACGGCACAUCGUUCCCCAUCCUCACCAUGCACGACAUGGUACGAGCUCAAUUCCGACUUCUCGACUCUCUGGGAAUUGACAAACUCUACGCCUCUGUCGGAAACAGCAUGGGUGGUAUGCAAUCGCUAGCUGCUGGAGUCCUCUUCACCGAUCGCGUAUCUCGCAUUGUCUCGGUAUCGGGCUGUGCUCGAUCACAUCCGUACUCAAUUGCUAUGCGCCACACCCAACGGCAGGUCCUCAUGAACGAUCCCAAUUGGGCGUCCACAAGAGGAAACUACUACACUUCCAUUCCACCUCACACCGGCAUGAAGCUUGCCCGACAAAUCGCAACGAUCACAUACCGCUCAGGUCCGGAGUGGGAGAAUCGCUUCGGACGCCAGCGCGCGGAUGCAUCUAAACCUCCUGCGCUAUGUCCAGACUUCCUGAUUGAGACCUACCUCGAUCACGCCGGGGAGAAGUGGUGUCUGGAAUAUGAUGCCAAUUCACUUCUCUAUGUUAGCAAGGCCAUGGAUCUCUUCGACUUGGGACGGGAGAACCAGGAGGCUGCGGCGGAGCGACGAACAACGAAUGCCGAGAAGAUGCAGCAUUCCUCAUUUAUCGAACAGGUGAAGCAAGAUCGCUGCACCCUUUCUUUACCCGACGAACCAUACCAAGAGACCGAAUCUUCCUCCGACCGACUGUCCGACCCAUCUACCCCAUCGGUAUCGUCCGGUCCUCCAGAAGAUCUCAUCCACGGCCUAGCUCCGUUGCGGGAUACACCUACGCUCGUCCUCGGCGUGGCAUCCGAUAUCUUAUUCCCCGCCUGGCAGCAAAGAGAGAUCGCGGAGACGUUACGAAAAGUGGGUAACCGCAGCGUGACGCAUGUGGAGCUUGGCGAGGAUCGUAGUCUGUUUGGUCACGACACUUUCUUGCUAGAUCUUGAGGGUGUGGGUGGAGAAAUCAGGAGAUUUCUGGGGUGAAAUGCAUUCGACUGGUUCUGUAUUCACAAAUCAAUCGGAAUAGCAACGCGACACACAAGACAUGCCACAUGACGGGUUCACCAGCAAGCGAUGGUUACACCGAAGUGAGAAGAACUUGACCUAGCGUCGGGCGAAUUACAACCAACGAUCGAGCUGCACUGCACCGCUACUGCUGUGGUACGUCGUAUAACGAGUAACACGAAACGAAAGCUAGCGCCGGACGUCUUCCCGCCAACGAGCGAGGUCUCUGCCAACCUCCUUCCGCUGGCUGCACAAUUCUUUGCGCUGUGGAACGUCUCUUUGCGCUGGUGGAACGACGUAAGCUAGCGCCAGACGGAUUUCAGCCAACGACGGACUUGUGCCGCCACUCUUGCAGUGCUUCUGCGGGUCUGUGUAACAAGCGUGCAUUCCUCAGAAAUGCGGACUUGAGCUAGCGUCCUCGAGAUGUUGGCCAAUGUCUGUUCGAAGGAUUCGUAGACGACGGUGGUGACUCCGAUGGGUUGGGCCCCUGGAAUAUGCGUGUUAGGAGCGUUGGAGAAGCAGAAAGAUGAGGCAUGAGCAUAUGCUGAAAAGACUACCGCCAUUUAAGACGAAUAGAACGGCAAAGAAUUCUGC